AGGCAGCAGAAUAUAGAAUCUAGCACGCGUUGGCCACACUCCCUGUUCCACUAAUCUCUCUCUCUCUCUCUCUCUCUCUCUCUCUCUCUCACACACAGAAGCAAAAGCCCAUUUUCAUCCGUCCAAACUUAUCUACCUCUCCCACAAAUUUGAGCUCCAGAGAUUCCUCCACAGGUCCUUUGAAGUCUGGGAUUUAGAUGAUGUUAGCUUCACAUUCGGUUUCUGUUGCCACCAACCGGGCUACGACAUCGGCACAUGCCACUGCAGCAUUUGGCUUCUCAAAUUUUACGUCUUCCAGCUUAUGCAAGGAGUUUGCACAAUUACCAAUCUGUUUUGAUGCUAAAAAGCCAAUUUGCAAACAGAAAUUUGUUCAGUUAUUAGCGGCUCAGGAAGGAAAUCUAUCUCGAACUAUAACUGCUUGCUCUACUUCAGGCAAUAAUAGUGAACCAGAAGAAAGUCGUACAACUGCUUGCACCAAUUUCAAAGUUCUUGCAGAUACUGAAAAAUGUGAGAGUUCUCGAGAUGUAGGAGAUAAAUUUGUUACUUCUAUUCUAUAUUCAGAUGCAGAUGCGAAUUUCAAAGCUGGAAACUUGGGAAACCAAGAUAACCUUUUUGAUAAGCUCAAGGCUGUUCACUUGCAUAUAUUAGCAAUGGAACAGUGGAAUGCUUCUCGACUUAAACUGUGUCAUAGAACCUAUUUAGUGAGUGCAGCAAACUUAAUACAUUAUGUGGCAUUAAAGAGUCUUGACAUCGGGCAGCUGAAAGCAGAUCUCUCUUCUCUUGGUCUUUUGAAUCUAGAAACUAUUAACCCACAUGUCCUUGCAAGUCUUUCUGCUGGCAUCCAGAUGCUAGAGAACUUGAAAUCUAAUUCUUUUGCUAGCAAGACUUCUGGUGAGAUUAGUAACAGUAAAAUUCUAAGCAUACAAGAGAAGAAAGAAUUUACUGUGAAUAGAAUGGCAAAAAGGGAAUUCGAUAGGUCCAAGUUGCUUUUAGGUUCACUUCGAGAGCAAAGAACCUCUCAUAUUAUGGUAACCGUUGGCGAAGAAGCAGCAGAAAGUGAAACAUUAAUUACUGAUCUUCUAAAGACAGGUACUACAAUUAUUCGCAUCAACUGUGCACAUGGAAAUCCAGCUACAUGGAGUGAGAUAAUCAGAAGGGUAAAACAAAGCUCUCAAAUGCUUGAGAAGCCAUGUCGAAUCAUUAUGGAUUUGGCAGGACCAAAGCUUAGAACUGAUAAACUGAAGGCUGGUCCAUGUAUUAUGAAAAUAUCUCCUAAGAAGAAUGCCGCAGGAGAAGUUAUAUUUCCUUCCCAAAUCUGGAUGUCCCCUCAAGGAGGAGGUCCGCCACCUUCUCAUGCAUCUCCUGAUGCAGUCCUGUACAUUGAUGGUCAAGAAUUUCUGAGUAAGCUGGAAAUCGGUGAUAAUGUGACAUUCUGUGAUGCUAGAGGUAAAAAGAGAUCACUAAGAAUUUCCAACAAAUACUCAGUUUUCGCUGGUGUUGGCUUGAUGGCUGAAUGCAAGAACACUUCUUACGUUAAAUCAGGGACUAUUUUAUAUAUUAAGGGAAAGAAAUCUAAAUCUGCAGUUGGAUUUGUGAGAGAUGUCCCCGCAGUAGAGCAGUUUGUUAGAUUGCGAGUAGGUGAUUUGCUUGUAAUAUCCCGAGAUAGCUUAAAUGAACAUGAAAUUUCUUCUUCCAAUAUUGGUUCUCCUAGGGUGACUUGUUCUUCUGGAUACCUUUUCGAUUCAGUCAAACCAGGACAGCGUAUUGCGUUUGAUGAUGGAAAAAUAUGGGGAGUUAUCAAGGGAACUAGUAUAUCUGAAAUCUUAGUUUCAAUUACUCAUGCUGGGCCAAGAGGUACAAAGCUUGGCUCGGAGAAAUCUAUCAACAUCCCAGAAAGUGAUAUUCAAUUUGAAGGCCUCACUUCGAAGGAUUUAAUAGAUCUCGACUUUGUUGCGACACAUGCUGAUAUGGUGGGAGUCUCUUUUGUUCGAGAUGUUCAGGAUAUUAUUGUACUUCGCCGAGAGAUUGAAAAGAGAAAACUUGAGAACCUUGGUAUUAUCUUAAAGAUCGAGACAAAAGGUGGAUACAAGAACUUGCCCCUUAUGCUUCUGGAGGCAAUGAAAUCACCAAAUCCUGUGGGGGUUAUGAUUGCCAGAGGAGAUCUCGCGGUAGAGUGUGGAUGGGAAAACCUGGCAGAUAUACAAGAUGAGAUUCUAUCCACAUGUAGUGCUGCACACGUACCAGUAAUAUGGGCAACACAGGUUCUAGAAUCACUAACCAAGUCUGGUGUACCUACUCGAGCUGAAAUUACUGAUGCCGCAAGUGGAAGGAGGGCAAGUUGCAUCAUGUUGAACAAGGGCAAACAUAUUCUUGAAGCUGUUUCUACCUUGGACACCAUCUUAAAAACUAGUUCCACAGAACUCAGCCCUGAGGUUAAACCUCUAAUGUUAUCCAGUCACCUCUCUUAACCUCUCUUAGUUGAUUCAUUUCAGGGUGAAGGAAAUCGGCCUUAAUUUGUUGUGCUCAAACAUCAUAAAUCAUCUGUUGUUUUGAAUCUAGUAGUGCCAGAGUGAUAUCCCCAAGUUCCAUAUAUUAUUUGAUAAUAUACUAUAUUUUUGGACUUUCUUUUA